GACUAAACAAACAAAAGGAAAACCAGUUGUCUAGACAGUAUAACAUACUAAACAAUUCUGCACUUAAAAUAAUAAUAAUUAUUAUUAAAUCCACUUUAGGUAUAAGUAUAACGUUUAUCUUUAGUAUAGCCCAUACAUAAUACAAUGAAUGAAAUACUAAGCCAUAAAGUUAAGCCAAAUAAAAUACAAAUAUAAUAUUUAAAAAAAUAAAACAACAUACAAUACAAUAAAUCAGCCAUAAACAAUAAACAAAAGCACAUUUAUUGAACAAAUCAGACAAUCUUUUAGGCUUCUCAUCUUUUUGUGACUAUGCUAUACUUUUGGGUAACAAGUUGGGUUGCUGUUUUCAAAACUGUACAUUUAUGAAUACAGAAAAAAAGAUUAAAGUAAGAACAUCUUUGAUUUUUGUACUCCAAAACAUACAAUUAUUUGGUCUUUGGAGCGUGUGCUUUUAUUCCACGUCGCAUAACUGAUGAUCUCAGCCGUUCGUAGACACGUCAAUCAAAAGCAUGCUCCAAUCACAGACGGCGAUAAGUGUUGGGCGGGGCUUCAGCAGAAACCAGAGUCUGCGCACAUGUGCUGCUGCUGCUGCGCCUGAGCCCGGUCUGAGGAGGGUCGCCUUCUCCGCCUUUUUGUCUGCAAGAAAUGGCAUCGGCGGAGGAUGUCGGAGCGAAAAGGCAAAUGUUUUAUGAAAUCGAGUGUGUAAUAGACGACUGCGAUGCUGAUGUUGAAUAUAAACCCCUGUCAGACAGCGACGAGUUCGACGAGGAGGAGGAACCGCGCGAAGAAGAUAUUGAUUCUUCUGAAGAAUGGGAGCCUCUCAUGCAGUCAAAACUAAAGAAAAAUGCAUCCCCGUCAUCAUCAUCUUUACCACGACGAAGAGGACGACCACGUAAAAACGUUUCUAAUCCACCGCCAGCAGCACCAGCACCAGCAGUGAAACCAGUGAUUUUGCCUAGAAUCGCACCAGCUCCCCCUGGCAUGAAGAGUAGGCGAGGCAGACCUCCUAAAGACAAAUCCAAAGUCAAACUCCUUCAAAAACCCACCCUGUAUCCCAUGAUCGUGCCCAAACCUCCUGUGUUUGCAACUUUGAUCCCUAAUACUUCAGCGCAGAACCUUAAACUUGGGCCUAAUUCCACAUCCACCAUUACACUCGGCCCUGAUUUCAGUCCUUUAACUCUUUCCAGUCCCGCAUCCUCCGUUAAUUUGAAUCCCAAUUCUGCACCCAUACUCAUCCCGAAUUCCACAUCUGCUUUUAAUCUCAGCCUGAAUUCUGCUACAUCCGAUUCGAAUUCGCAAUCGCUUGCCACGCUCUUCUGUACAACUACAUCGACGAAGAUUCUGGUAGACGGAGACUCCAGAGAGAGCAAAGCCGAAGAGCAGACGAGUGUGAAUGCAACUGAUGAAGAAAGCCCUGCUCCAAAGGACGAAAACCCAGAAUUCUCAGAAUCUCCCAAUGCAAAGAGGCAACGACUCUCAAUAGCAUUUCUUCCAUUGGCCAAUGCACAGCAGACAGGCGCACCCUUAAAUCACAUUUCACAACCUGCUUCUGAUCAUGCACCUGCUUCUGAAUCUUCCCCCGAGCUCAGUUUUCAACCUUCUCCAACAACCAUGGAUGAUCAGUUGACCUCAAUAUUUGGCUCUGAUCACAAGCCUGAGGCCGACAGUGACCUUGAUGGAGACACUGACAGGACCAGUGAUUCAGAGAAGGAGGACGAGCUGUGGGAAGAUGAGUGAUUUUGAUUUUGGUGAAGAUCGGAACUGGAAAGUCCAGACCAUUUAAAAUCACCUGUAUCAGCUCAGUCACCUAGGGGUGGCAAUCAUCCGUCACCUACUUCAUCACAAGGCAAACUCUUCAUAUCCACCUCCAAAUCACCUCAUGAAGUCACUCCCACACCCACCUUUAAAGCCAGUACCAUUCAACCUAUAUCUAAAGCUACUCCCGCUUCUGAAACUACCCCUAAAAUUACUCUAAAGCCACUACUAUUCAACCUACCUCUCGAGCUACUUCGAUUUUCGAACUCACCCCAAAAUCCACUCCCACUCACCUCACUCCUGACGCCACUCUGUCAUCCAUAAUUCCUCUCCUCAAACAACACUCUUACCCAGUCCAGUUGCUACCUUACAAAAAAGGAGAGGUCGGCCCCAUAAGAGUUCUUUACCAUCAAAUCCUAAACCAAUUCCUUAACCUACCCCUACUACCAUUCCUUUUUCAAAGCUGACUCCCAAUCCCACUUUCUUCAGCAAAUUAGAACUCUGUUCAGAACCAGCACCCAGCUCUAGAGACAUCCCUCAGCCCACUUCUAACUCUGAAGCUACACCAACUCAACCCACCCCUGAAUGCACACGCUCUACCAUCCAAAAUUUCACUUCUAAAGCCACACUCAUACUUAGUCCAGUACCCACCUUACAAAGACGGAGACAUCGGCCCCAUAAGAGUUAUUUACCAUCCAAUCCUAAAUCAAUCACUUAGCCCACUCCCACCACCAUUUCUUGUUCAAAGCUGACUGCUGAUAUUAGCCCCAUAGCCAUCUCAAUUUUUUACUUUGAUCCCACUGUAAAGUCAUAUUUGAAGCUGCUCCUAAUCCCAGUUUCUUCACCAAAUUAGAACCUGGGUCAGAACCAACAUCCAGCCCUGGAGCCAUCCCUCAGCCCACUUCUAAUUCUGAAGCUACUUUCAUUCAGCCCACCUCUGAAUCCACUCUCAUAUCUACCACUGAAACCACACCCAAUCAACCCACCCAUGAAGCCUCUCCCUCUAUUGUCCAUUACUCCACUCCACAAACCAAAAUCAUACCCAGUCCAGAUUUCACCCUACCAAGACAGAGAGGUCGACCCUGUUGGAGUUCUUUACCAUUCAAACCUAACCAGUCCCUAAACUCACUCCUAUCGCAAUUCCUUGUUCAAAGAUAACUGCUGAUUUUAGCCCCAUAGUCAUCUCCAAUUUCCCUUCCGAUCUCACCCUAAAUCGUAUUUAAUGCCUGCUCCCAAUCCUACAUUGUUAACCAAAUUAGAACCUGAGUCAGAACCAACAUCCAGGUCUGGAGUCACUCCUCAGCCCACUUCUGCAGAAGAGAAAUCAAAGCCCAUCACAACUUAUUCUUUAAGGCAUACCAGAACCAAGGAAUCUUUUCACCUUGGUCAGAAGUUGGGGGCAAACCAGAUAAAUGGCUUGACUUGAGUACUAAAGAUGGGAAACCAGUACUUCACAGGAUCUCUCCCAAAUGAACUCCAGGUCCAUAGUUUUUGAAUGACCUAAUUUAUACUGCCUUAAAGUUUUCCACCACCUCUGCCAUCAAGACAUUUAUCCGCAACACCAAUAGCAAUGCUGAAAGGAGGACAAAAGUAAGAAUGUUUCGCUGAGUACCUCUAACCAUUGCUAAAUUCAACUCCUAUGUGGCGCUGGUUGUCUACAUGGGUCUAGUGAAAACUAAGUCCAUCGUGGACUACUGGACAAAAAAGCCAAUGUACAGUUUCUCCUACCCUCAAUCCAUCAUGUCCCAGGCAUGGUUUCAGGCGAUCUCCUGAAAUCUGAACCUCUGUGAUCUUGACGAAGAUAAGGAGAAUGGCUAGACGAAAUGCACACCAAUUGUUUAAAAUCAAGCUUCUUUAUGGUGACCUUCUUUCAGCGUGUAAGAAACACUUUCACCCCAACAGAGAGAUCACAGUGGAUGAGAGAAUGGUUGCAACCAUGGCUAGGAUUGGACUCGAGCGAUAGAACUAUUGACCAACUACAUUGGGAUGCAGACUUUGUUCUUAAUAAUUCAUCCUGUAGGUACCCAUGGAAUUUCUUUGUGCAUGAUGGAAAGAGUUCAGCUUCUUCAGGUAAAGGUGUAGGGUACACUUCUGUAAUAAGACUACUUGAUGGCAAUGUCCUUGGCGAAGGUUAUACGCUGACAACAUCUAUACCAGUCCGACUCUUUUCUCAGAAAUGUUGAAGAACAGCAUCUUUGCUUGGGGAACUUUGAGUCAUAACUCCAAUUUAUCGAAGGUCAAUGACUUAGGUGAAAGAUCAGAAAGAGGAUCCAUUCGGUGGUCUCGAAAAGGUCCACUUCUGUUUGUAAAGUGAAGGGAUGCGAGAGAAGUGCUUAUGUGUUCCACAAUUCACAAAGCAUUCCCGUAUAAUAGUGUCAGCAGACAUACCUAAGAUGAAGAUGGUGUGUGGAAAACAUGCGCAAAUACAGCAAAUAUAUAUGGAUGCGGUUGAUCUCUCGAAUUCCUUUAUAGAGUUUUAUAAUGUUUUUAAGACCACAAAAUGGUACAAGAUGAUCCUCUACCAUUUUCUUGACAUUGCAGUGGUUUAGUUUCAUACUUAACCAACAAUUGGUGAAAGCCCAAAAAAAGAUGCCCAUCUUUCACAAAAAGUUCAGGGAAACACUUCGAGUUCGUAAGUGCUGGAAGAGACAGAAACCCUGUGUUCAAAGAUCCCUUGACAUCUGCUUCCAAAGAGUCUAUUGACAAUUCGGCACACAUGCCUUUCUUCCCGAAUGCAUAUUCGCCCUCCAACACAGAGUCUCCUCCUCCUGACUUGUCCAUUCGAACAAAAGAAUGCUCUCCAGAGUAUUAUGGAGCAGAUGCAACGAAUGGGAGAAAAUUUGUGUCGUGCAAAUUGGAAACAAAAACAAAACUCCCUUAUUCUGCUCCUACUGCAAGAUAGCGCUGUUUCGUGUCAUUGUAUAAUUGCUUCAAGAAAUGGCACCAAGGCGCAACCCCAUGAGAUGUGUGAAUAUUUUUUAUAUUUCGUAUUUUAUGACCUUUUUACUUUGUAUGCGUUUGUUACUUGUAUGGUUAUGACCACAUUAAAUAUCUUUAAACAGUC